AUGGAAAAAUAUGUGGCCUGUAUCUUAAGAGAUCGCAAGAAAGAUGAAUUCAUGGCAUUGAAACAGGGUAAUAUGACUGUGUCUACCUAUGAGGUCAAGUUCCAUACAUUGUCCAGGUAUGCUACUCACCUGGUAACUACGGAGGAGGAGAGAAUUCGAUUAUUUAUGAAGGGAUUAAACCCCGAGUUGCAGGUAGUUUUCCAGAUACUCCCCAGCAACAUCCUACCUAGGAAGGCCAAGGAGCUUCUUUUAUGCCAGAAUAUUGAGGUAGAGUCUCCCUCCAUUGAAUCUAUUCUGGUAGUGUGUGAGUUUCCAGAAGUGUUUCCUACAAACUUGCCCGAAAAACUUGAACCCGAGGAAGCAAUAUGGAUGGAGUUGCUCAAGAAUUAUGAUGUCACCAUCCAGUAUCAUCUAGGUAAAGAUAAUAUGGAGGCAGAUGCAUUAAGCUGGAAAUCGGUUAGAAUGGGCAGUCUAGACUAUUUGGUAGCCUACAAGCAAUUCCAGGCUAGAGAGAUUCAGGACUUGGAGACUAAAUUCAUGAGUCUAGGCAUCUCAGAAAAGAGUAGGGUGAUGGCCAUUGCUGAUCUAAGACCCAUAUUUAUUGAAGAGGUUAACGCUAAGUAG